UUGUCAAUCGACUCAUAGACAACCCCUACAGUAUUUAAAGAUAGGUCCGGCGCCGAGUACGGGAGACGGAUAAGCCAUCAGACUCUUAGUGUAAUGAUACCUUCUUUAUGAUUAGAUCGCUCCUACAAAAUAUCAAUCGCCUUUUACAGUCAAGGUCCUUCUGUUGAUUGGAAACGGAUGCUCUUGAUGUUCCCAACUUCAGGUUCUCUUCACGAUGCUUUUACACGAUUCUGUCUUGAACAUCGUCUCGCGAGUUUACCGCUUCACGUUCACCAGGUCCUCGUUGCUUUCCUGACGUACGAAACACUAUUUCUUGUCGUCUCUCCUGCACUCUCGCAGUUGUUCCUCCCACAAUUAUACGGCAAUUUACCGAAGCGGACAAAAAUCAAUUGGAACGUGAGGGUGGUGUCUUUUAUCCAGGCAACUUUCAUCUGUUACCAGGCCAUUGGCGUCAUUGUCAAGGACACGUCUCGACGAAACACCAACUACGAUGAUCGGCUGUGGGUAUAUUUGAGUGCCAGCGGGAACGUUCAAGCGUACGCCGCGGGAUAUUUCCUGUGGGAUGUCGUGGUGAGUAUCCAACAUUUCCAAAUUUUGGGACCGACAUCCCUCAUGCAUGCAUUGGCCGCAUUGAUGGUGACCAGCCUUGGAUUUCGACCUUUUGCGAAUUUCUACGGCAUCAACUUUGUCCUUUAUGAACUUUCAACACCAUUUCUCAACAUACAUUGGUUCCUCGACAAACUUGGCAAGACGGGUGGGUGGGCUCAACUUGGGAAUGGUAUUGUACUCAUUGUUACGUUCUUUGGAUGCCGAUUGGUAUGGGGAGCCUAUCAGACCAUGAAUCUGAUGACGGAUGCGUGGAGGGCAUGGAGUGCGAUCGGUACAGGAAAAUGCCUGGAUCCUUUUAUGCUGGAGAAAACCCAAGGCGGACCCGCUACUACUCUACCAGUUCAGCAGGAUUUUUGUUAUGACAACUUUCCUUGGGGACUUUUGGGUACCUAUAUCAUUAGCAACACACUGCUUACUGGGCUCAAUGUGUAUUGGUUUGGGUUGAUGCUCAAAGCUUUGGGUCGGCGAUUCAACGUCAAGGCCGAUAACAAAAAGGAAUGAGACUUUGCAGGAGAGAUUAGUCUGGGGGUGAGGUGAUGAAUGUGGACCGCAACAGGUGUUUGUCAAAGUCUUUCAGGCGGAGGUGUAUGAUCAAGGUUGAAUGGUGAAGAGAAAUGAAUCUUGUUCCUCGCAUCGUGUUCUCAGGAGCGUCGUAGCAUUAGCUCACUAUAUCGAAGCUCUUAGCAUAUCGUGCUUGGUGCGGCUGAAUGAUCCUACUAAGGAACCAGACCAUUCACAGUCGAGCCCUUCAUGUCGCUUAACUCACAAUCAUCACACCGGCUGCAGUGAUGUGUGGC